GAGAGCUAAUCUUUUGCCCUUUAGAAUAUUUUGUAUCCGUCUAUUAAGGAAAUAAUUAUUGUUUUGAGCUAAUUAGAUCCAAAGAUAAUGAUGAUCUGCUGAAGAUUCAAAAUCAUCAGAUUCUGGCAUCUCAUUAACUUUCUCUUACAGCUAAUCUCCCUCUCUGUAAAUUUGACUUUGGACGUUUUCUUUUUCCAGUAAAAAAUUCAUGGAGUAACCCGUCGAGUCUUUAUCAUAAAGCCUGUUUAUAUCUCACUCCAUUUGUUUCACACUUGAACUUGCUCUGAAGUUCUCUAGUCGAACGGGACAUUUUCACAACAUAUGAUGGACGUAUAAUUCUCUACUCUUGAUGAUUUUUCUCCAACUUAAUUCUAAAAAAAUGGGUUGGGUUCUUGAAAUUGAAGAAAAGAGUUCUCUUUCUCCUUUACAACACCCAUCAUCUCUCUUUCAGCCAUCUCCACCUCUCCUAUCCAGUUCACAUUCAGGCAGUAAUAUCAGUUUGAAUAAUAAAGUAAGCCCAAGUGUGCUAUUGAUUUUUAUAAUACUUGCCAUCAUCUUUUUCAUUUCUGGUUUGCUUCAUCUUCUGGUUAGAUUCCUUAUAAAACCCACAAAUAGAGAUUCUGAUGAUGAACUAGAAAAUGGGAGCGCCCUUCAAGGUCAGUUGCAGCAACUUUUUCACUUACAUGAUGCAGGUGUUGACCAGUCUUUCAUUGAUACCCUCCCUAUUUUCAAUUACAAGGCCAUAAUUGGUGUGAAGGAUCCAUUUGAUUGUGCUGUUUGUUUGUGUGAAUUUGUGGCAGAAGAUGAGCUUAGGCUUUUGCCUAAAUGUAGCCAUGCCUUUCAUAUGGAGUGCAUAGAUACUUGGCUAUUGUCUCAUUCCACUUGCCCUCUUUGUAGAGCAAUUUUGCUUCCUGAUUUUUCACCCAAUGGUGAUUGCUCCCCUACGGUCCUUGUUCUUGAAUCUGGAAGUGAAAGUUCAAGAGAGAUUGUUCAAGAGGGUGGAUUAGGUUCUACAAAUUCAGUUGCAAGAGUGAAUUCCCAUUUGAGUCAUCUUUAUGGUGAUGAUUGUAGGGUUCUUCAAGCAGAAAAAUCUGGUGAGAUUCAAGAAAAAGAGGACGGAAAUAAAAAAUUAUUUGUGGGUUCAGGAGAAAAUGUUGUUCCAGUAAAGCUUGGGAAGUUUAGAAAUGUUGGUGUUGAUAUUGAAGGUAGUACUAAUAAUAAUAAUGUUGAUGAAAGAAGGUGCCUUUCCAUGGGAUCUUUUGCUUAUGUAAUGGAUGGAAAUACAUCUCUGCAAGUUCCCAUUAGGACUCCAUCUACAAAGAAACAAUCAAGCAAGAAAUCUUCUUUGCCAUUGACACCAGGCCACAGGCUUGCAAUGUCUGAAUGUGGCUGUGAUUCAAGAAGAGAAUUCAAUGGUUUUGAGGCAUUUAGGAAUCUUGAAAAUUCUGAUGGCAAUGAUAGAAAGGUGAUCGGAAAAAGUAAGAGGGAUAGUUUUUCAGUGUCUAAAAUUUGGAUAAGGGGAAAGAAGUAUAAACCCAAUUCAGCCACUGCUGAGGCAUCCAGACGAGCAUUUUCUUUCCGAUUUCCAGUUCACUGGAAUGCUGUGGAUGAGGCCAAGGCUGGUGGCGGAAGUGGUGGUGCUAGGAGGGCUGUAUCUGAAAUUGAUAUUAGUAGGUGGGAGAAUGGAGGGAGUGAAUUGGGCUGUGAUGAGGAAAUCCGAAGCUGUAACAGUCUUGAUUCUCAAGCAAAUCAGCCAUCUUUUGCAAAGAGGACUCUACUUUGGCUUAUGGGGACACAAAAUAAGUUGGUUCAAUCAUCUUUUUCAUACAAUGUUUAGUUUUAUCUUAUCAAUGGGACUUCAGAAAUAGGGGAAACUAGAAACUAGAAAAGAAUAGAUAUCAGUACAAAAUAAUAUCAAAAUGUUUGUUCUCAAGAUUUCACAAAAAUUCCUUAAGUUGUUCAUUUUUCUUUCAA